GGAGGAGUUGGGGAACACCGGGCAGUUCUCACUGUGGGUUCCUGGCGGCGCAGGGAGCCCGUGUGUCUGCGAGCGUGUGUGUGCGAAGUUCUCCUGGGUGAGUGUGCCAGCGCGUGUCUGGGUUUGUGCAUGACUGUGGUGUGCGCACGUGGGCACAGGCGUGUGCGCGGGAGUGUCCGUGCAAGAUGCGUGUGUCAGCCUGCCCGUGAAUGUGUGUGCACCCGUGUGCGCUCCUAAGUGUGCCCGGGCGGGCGCCGGCGGGAGAGUCCCGCCCCCUCCCCAGCCUCCGUCCGCCCCUCCCCGCCCCGCGCCGCCUGCGCCGGCUGCAUCCUCGCCUCCACCUCGCUCACCCCCUCCUCCCCGCACUUUCUCCUGCUCUCCCUCCCUCUCGGCUCAGACUGCCGGACUCGGCGCUCUUCUCGCCGGCCGCCUUGGGAAUCGCCGGCUGCCACCGCCCAGCUCGCACCCGCUGGCCCCCCAGUGCUUGGGCACCUGUUGGAGGCGCAGAGACAGGUGCAGGGGGCUGGGCUGCCGGGGGCGAGAGGGUGAGGCCAGGGGUGCUGCAUGAGGGGCCGCAGGGGCGACCGCAUGACCAUCAACAUCCAGGAGCACAUGGCCAUCAACGUGUGCCCGGGGCCCAUCCGGCCCAUCCGCCAGAUCUCUGACUACUUCCCCCGCCGGGGACCAGGACCUGAAGGGGGUGGCGGGGGCUUCGGAGAGGCCCCUGCUCAUCUGGGCCCCCUGGCCCUGGCACCCCCUGCAGCCCUCCUUGGGGCCACCACGCCCGAGGAUGGAGCUGAGGUGGACAGCUAUGACUCGGAUGAUACCACCGCCCUGGGCACGCUGGAGUUUGACCUUCUCUACGACCAGGCUUCCUGCACUCUGCACUGUAGUAUCCUCAGGGCCAAGGGCCUCAAGCCCAUGGAUUUCAAUGGCCUGGCCGACCCCUACGUCAAACUGCACCUGCUGCCUGGAGCCUGCAAGGCCAAUAAGCUAAAAACUAAGACUCAGAGGAACACGCUGAAUCCCGUGUGGAAUGAGGACCUGACGUACAGCGGAAUCACAGAUGAUGACAUCACCCACAAGGUGCUCAGGAUCUCCGUCUGUGAUGAAGACAAGCUGAGCCACAACGAGUUCAUCGGGGAGAUCCGUGUACCCCUCCGCCGCCUCAAGCCUUCACAGAAGAAGCAUUUUAACAUCUGCCUUGAGCGCCAGGUCCCGGUCUGUGCCAGGCUGCGGGGUACCACGGGAAGGGGGCCCUGGGGAGAUCAGGUUUCCAGAACUUUCUCUUUGCCCCCUCAGCUGGCUUCACCCUCUUCCAUGUCUGUGGCGCUGAGGGGCAUCUCCUGUUACCUGAAGGAGCUGGAGCAGGUGGAGCAGGGGCCUGGGCUGCUGGAAGAGCGCGGGCGCAUCCUGCUGAGCCUCAGCUAUAGUUCUCGGCGCCGCGGGCUGCUGGUGGGCAUCGUGCGCUGCGCCCACCUGGCUGCCAUGGACGUCAACGGCUACUCUGACCCCUACGUCAAGACGUACCUGAGGCCAGACGUGGAUAAGAAAUCCAAGCACAAAACACGUGUGAAGAAGAAGACUCUAAACCCGGAAUUUAAUGAGGAGUUCUUCUACGAGAUGGAGCUCUCCACUCUGGCCAGCAAGACUCUGGAAGUCACAGUCUGGGACUAUGACAUUGGCAAAUCCAACGACUUCAUCGGUGGCGUGGCCCUGGGGCCAGGCGCCCGGAGAGAGGCCCGGAAGCACUGGAGCGACUGUCUGCAGCAGCCAGACGCAGCUCUGGAGCGCUGGCACACCUUGACCAGCCAGUUGCCCCCGGCAGCCGGAGCCCUGCCCUCAGCCUGAGCAGGACAGCGGCCGCCCAGCACAGGGCCCUCAGGGCUGGGCCCAGUAGGCAGCCUUCGCACGAGUGUGUUGCACGUUUACACGGGGUGGAGGCCCCACCCCGCACUACUUGUCUUGUUUCGUGUCUCCGUGACCGUGGGUCUGUCUUCUUGUGAGGGACUGUGGAGAUGUAUAUUCAAAUAUGCAAACUUCCUCCUGCCUGACUCGCUACAACAGACAAAUAUGCAAACCACCCAUCCAGAGCACACCUGCAGGGGGGAUCCCACAGUGCCCCUGCCCCAAGGACCCGGCUGCUGCUCCUCUCUCCUGCCUCUCCAGGCUGCCCGGCCCCCUCCCCUCCAGGGAGGAGGUCGGAUUAGGGGGGGUUUGGAGGAGGAGGUUUCCAAAAAUGAAAAUGACACACACAAAAAGAGGCACUCCUUUAAUGCAGAAUCUUCAUUAAAAAAACCACCACCACCGAGCCCUGUACAGCUGCCCUUUUAAGUGGGGGGCCACCGCAGGGUCUCUGCCUCUCUGAGAGGUGGCAGAUGCUCCUGGCCCACUCAUUUAAAUAACUGUCCCCUGGAUUGGGCUGGGAUGUGAAGGCAGGGCCCUUGCCCUCCCUGGAGAGGGCCCACCUUCUGGGGGACAUUCAUGCAUGUUUACGCCUUUUCUGAUUGUGUCAGUGGCCACAGCAUGGCAACCGGGCGUCAAUAAACGUCUCUGCGGAA